AUGGAUCUUUUCUCCUUUGCUUGUUGCGAUAAUGAUAAAGAGGAAUUCCAGACCAUAUGUAAAAUCGGGACAGGAUUUACUGAUGUUGUGCUUAAAGAGCUGUAUCUCAGCCUCAAAUCUCAAGUUAUACCUCAGCCCAAGUCUUAUUACCGAUACUCCGAGAAUCUCAAGCCAGAUGUGUGGUUCGAACCUACUGAGGUUUGGGAAGUAAAAGCUUCUGAUCUAACUUGCAGUCCUGUUUAUUCUGCUGCUACUGGUGUUGUAGCUCCUGACAAGAGAAAGAAGUCAGAAUUUUGCGGUUUUCUUCGGGUCCGAGAAGAGAAGAAACCGGAGGACGCCACACCGUCGGAAAUGGUAGACAAAGCCUCUUCUUUGUUCAUCGUAUUUUAUCUUUUCGGAACAAGGCUAGCUAGGAACAAGGCAGAUUUAAUCGGAAAAUGA